AUGAGAAAAAAGCCACGUCAUAUCAGGCAGCUAGAGCAGGAGAGUCUGAGCGUGGAAGAACUGAGCGAGCUGGAGAGAAUGCGGGCCGAUCUGAGCCUGACGUUGACUGCUGAGGUAGUGGCAGCGCUUGAGCGAGAAAUUGUUCGUCGCAGCAGCGGGAGUGGAGGGGAUGAGGGGGAGCGGCAUUUGAUUCAGUAUGAGAAGCAUGAGCUGAAGGCGAAGCUUCUGAAGGGAAAGCCGAUUCGCAGAUGGAUCAGGGAGCUCCAAGUGAUGUGGCGCGAUUCGACUGGCGCACAACACUCGGCAUACUUUAAGGCGCGAGACGGCAAGGAGCAAGGGAGGGGCAGCAGCGGGUUCAUCGACCGGCUGGAGCUCGACGGCUCGCCGGUGGCCCCACCUCUGUCCGCCGGCUCUUCCAUCACUGGCAGCGGCGGGUUCAAGCUGCUUCUGGUGGAAACACGAAGCUGCAAGGGGAAGGACCAGGAUGAGUUCCAUCUCAAGAUUGACGGUCUGGUGGACAUGGGCAUCACAGCGCGGUUAGCGCCAUCCGCUCAUGCAGACAGCUACAGAGGCCCAGGCGCAUUUCAACGUGCACAUCGCCCGGCUCAAUUUCACGGCGUGCUGGGUCAGACGUUCCAAGCCGAGGAAUCCCGCAAGGUGCGCUCGCUGCGGUACCGCCUGCUGACCCGCCUACUUCGUGAGCCGGUGGAGGUGGAGAGCGAGAGUGGCAGAGGAUUCUUGGAUGGGCGCACAGAGGACUAUAUCACCUCCGAUAUUCGCUCCGCGGAUUGCAUGUAUGCCGCUGCGUGGCGCAGGGGCGAACACGAGAGCAGCGAUGGAAGCGAUUUUAUGUGA